AUGGGUCCAGAGGUGAAACGGGGGUCAAAUGUUAAACAGGCUGUUGAGAGUAACAGCGGGUCCAGAGGUCAACGACGGGACGACAUUCCUCGAAUCUGGAGCGACGUGACUCUCGAGUUGCAAGCGGUGGAUCCGUGUGUAGAUUCCAUGGACUGUCCGGCAAACACGGACUGCGAGGAAGACAGCCCGGGCUACGCCCUCUGUAUGUGCACGGACGGAUACACGUCCUUCAGCGACGUACUGGUUCUAGACACGUACGAAGUGUGUCAAGACGUGAAUGAGUGUGAGUCGGGCAGCGUGACAUGCGCUGCUGAGCACACAGUGUGCAUCAACACGCCAGGCAGCUUAACGUGCGCAUGCGCGGACGGAUGGGAGGGAGAUCCAACGAUGGGAUGCUUCAAGAAGAUUGACUACUGGAAGAAGGUGACCAUCGGCGUCAGCGUUGGCCUGGCAACGCUCUGCCUCAUCGCCAUCAUCGUCAUCGUCGUCCUCGUCGUCAGGUACCACACCCGCAGUAACAUCAUCGUCACCGAAUACGAGUAG